UGACGCGAAGGGCUGGGGUGGCCAGGUGAUGGUUUGGAGGCGCAGUAGGAGGGGACGUUUUGUCUGCGUGAAGGGAACUUUGUACCGUUGUGUUGUUAAAUACCGACGUGACGUUUCACCAUUUCAAAAGAGAAAGAAAACCAAAGUUCUUUGCAGAAGCAAUAUUCAAAACUAUUGACCAUGGUAACGCUCGUCCAGACUUUCACAGACCAUACUGAUGAUGUUAACUGUUGUGCUUUCUCUUCUACUUACCUGGCUUCCUGUUCACUGGAUAGAACAAUACGCCUUUAUUUAUUGAAGGAUUUCUCAGAGCUGUCUUUCUCACCACUAAAAGGUCACAGUUAUGGUGUACAUUCAUGUUGCUUUAGUUCCUGUGGGAAGUUUCUAGCUUCCAGUUCAACUGAUGGGAACACUGUUCUGUGGAAUCCCAGUUCAGGGGAGAAGUUGGCAACAUUGAAACAGCCGAGUGAAAGUCCAGUUCGGGUUUGCAAAUUCUCUGAUAAUUCCAAUUAUUUGAUAUCUGGUGCAGCUGAUGGUACUGUGGCAUUAUGGGAUGUUCACAGGAAGAAACUUCGCAGGACAAGUGCUGUUGAGGAUGGGUCGAUAAUUGCUUGUGAUUUUUCUCCUGGUGGAAACUACUUUGUAACUGGUUCAACAUCUGGGGAGCUGACUGUCUGGGAUUGCCAAAUGAAGUGCCUUCUAAACAUGAAAACAGCUCAUGACUUGGGAGUCACCUGUUGUGUAUUUUCACCUCAGCCAAUCAAUGGUGACAUGAAGCAUUCAGGAUCAAAUUGCUUUCUGAUGGCUUCUUGUGGUCAGGACAACAAAAUUAAUUUCUGGAUUAUGUCUUGUCAAGAGCCAGCAGGCUGUGACCUUAGAAUGAAAUGUUCAUUAAACCGGCACACAGCUCCUGUUUUGUCAUGUUGUUUUUCACCAGAUGGGCAGAUCUUAGUCUCUGGGUCUGUUGACAAAUCUAUAAUCAUUUGGAAUUCGAGCAGUGGAGCACCGCUUUAUACACUGACACAGCAUGAACGGUAUGUGACAACUUGUGCAUUUGCGUGUGAUCUUCCCCUAAUUGCAACUGGGUCUAUGGAUAAAACUGUGCAUAUUUGGAAAAUGGGAUUUAAGGACAUUUCUGAUAUUGAAUCAUCGGGGAGACUUAAACAUUCUGUUCAGCACUGGUCAGAAGAUGAGGUCUGUUCGUGGCUUUCAGGAGAAGAGCUUCAGGAUUUAAUAGCUCUUUUCAAAUCUAACAACAUUGAUGGUCAGGAAUUAUUGAGUCUUACUAAAGAAAACCUUCAGAAUGAUUUGAAAGUUGGGUCACUUGGACUGCGUAACAAAGCAAUGCGAAAAAUUGAAGAACUAAAAGCCAAAAUGGAACCAAUGUGUGUUGAGGUACCAGAUGAAUUCCUCUGUCCAAUAUCAAGGGAGAUCAUGACUGAUCCAGUGAUUGCUUCAGAUGGCUAUUCUUAUGAGAGAGAAGCAAUUGAGAGCUGGAUUAAUACUAAAAAACGUACAAGUCCUAUGACAAAUAAGCCAUUAGAAACAUCUUUAAUAACACCCAACAGAACACUGAAAAUGGCUAUUGACCGCUGGAUGGAAGCCCGACAAAUACUACGAAUGCCAGCAAACCAAGGAUGCGAUUAAAUCUUAGGGCUCCCAUGUCCUUCAUCACUGCAAUCUGGAAUCUCAGCAGAUGCUUUUUGCUUCUCCUGGCAAAAUGGACAAUUUCACGUCGCCAUAUUUACCGAAUCUUUGCCUUCCCCCUCUUCUCGGACAGCAUCUGUACUGCAGCGUUGAGCCAGUGUCGACUUGAGAAGCUCCUGGCCUCAAAAGAUAUCCAGCGAGGACUCCCUGCCUUAGAAGGACUGUGAUGCUAAUCUUUUAACCUUUUUUAUUAAUUUUUAUCAUUUAUACCCAAGAUUUUGUACCAAGGCAUCUUUGUUACUAAGAUGGUGCUGGAAAUAGUGACUUUGUAUAGUUUUCGCUGUAUUUAUAUAUCCCUGUACUUGAAUACAUGUGACGACAAACCUAAUUCUAAUUCUAAUUCUAGUCUGGAUAUACCAAUUUAUAGCCCCCUCAGUUCUUCUUCAUAAUUAACUCUCUGAUAUGUCUUUAUUUUACUAGCAAUUGUAACAGCCACACCUUUGGUCCACCUAAGUCAUUGUACAAAGUCUAGUAUGUUCAAGUCCCACAACUUAUCCUUGUGUUGCAUUUUGUCAACCAGAAAAAUGGCUCAUUUAUACCUAAUAUCUGCUUUCUGUAAUCCUUCUAUCCAAUCAAAAGAUUAUCCUGACACACCAUGACCUUUAAUUUGAACACCGUUCAUCUUACUAAAUAUUGAUGUCACUCUAACAUCACCAAUUAGUUCCCCUUUUCAACAAUACAUGUUACUUGUUCAAAUAAUUCCAACGAGUUGCUGAUUCUGUCUGAUUACCUUAAACUUAUCCAAGUGCCCUUCUUUAAUAAUAAUAACUAACAUCUUCCCUAUUGGAUAUAAUACUAACUGACUUGGUUAGUUUCCUGCUUUCUGCCUAAUAAACGUUUUGAAUAAAAGAGAGGUUACAUUAGGAUUUUUUGCAACGUACGUUUGGAAGAAAGGAGCAGUUUGAAACAACUUGAAGCAACUGUGGCAAUGUGGAAAAUUGGCAUAAGAUGUUGAAAUUUAAAUAUAUUUUGUCAUUCAACUUUAGUUUGAUCAUCAUUCUCAUAUUCUCUGAUACUGAAUAUUUAAUUACUUCCCUUCUUAUUCGCUUAAACUCCUUUAUAUUAUGAAAGUGCAUUUUAAACAAUACAUGUCAUAGAAUGAAAAGGUCGAUCAGACACUUUUAAUUUCACACCAUUCUCCAGCUCCUCUUUGAAAAUGGAAAUUUUUAAUAAGAGACUUCUGUGAAAAAGCCCUUCAUUCUAUUACUUAAAUGUAUUUUUUAUUUCCUUUGACAGAAAUUAGUCCGCUAAUCAAAAGGUAUUGUAUUUACAAGAACAGCUAUUAACAUAAGCACUUUCCGUUAAACAUAAACUUCUCAUAAAUAAAUACCAACAAAAUAUUUACACACAACUUGAAAAGCUAACUCAGUACAACCCACUAAUGUUCCCAUUUUAUUCUGCAAAUGGAUCAAAGUGAAAUCAAACAAAUCAAAGUAAUUAAACAGUCAACCUCCUGGACUAAAGAGUGGCAUUGAUAACUGUUAUUAAUUAGUAUCUCAAGGAAAAUGUAACCAAAACUAGAAGUAAUAUGAUGUGAGGUUCCCACCUGCUUCAAAAGGCCACUAUCAUCCCAAUGCCAAAGAAAAAGCAGGCAACGUGCCUUUCUAAUGGAUGUCAAACCCACUGGACAGCAGCCAUCAUUGUGAACUGUUAAGAGAUUAGUAGUGGCACACAGCACUCCAGCCUCCCAGAUCACCUUGAUCUGCUACAAUUCGCCUGUCACAACAGGUCCAUGGCAGUCACCAUCACCCUGGCCCUACAUUCAUCACUGGAACAACUGGAUAAUAAGGUCACCUACGUCAGACUCUAUUAACUUUAGUUUGCUUUCAACACCAUAAUUCCAAGAAAACCUAUCUCCAAACUCUGCGACAUAGGACUUUGCUCUCCUCUUUGCAACUGGAUCCUCAACUUUUUGACCUGCAGACUGCAAUCAGUAAGGAUAAGCAACAAUACGCUCUCCACGAUAAUCUUCAACACCAGUGCCCCACAAGGCCGCAUACUCAGCCGUUCACUAUAGUCCUUGUACACUCGUGACUGUGGGACCAAAUUCAGCUUUAACUCCAAAUUGCUGAUAAUACCACCAUUGUGGGUUGGACCUCAAUGGCAAAAUGGAAUACAGGAACGAGCCAACUUAGUAGCAUCAUGUAUAGACAAUAAACUCUCCAUCAAUGUCAGCAAAAUGAAGGAUGCUGGUCAUCGGCUUCAGGACGUAGAGUGGAGGACACAGCCCUGUCUGAGGUGGAAAUGGUCAAGACCUUCAAAUUUCUAGGAACAAAUAUCACAGCUGCCAAUCCUGGUUGAUCUAUGUCAAUGCCACAGUUAAGAAAGCACACAAACUCCCCUAAUUCCUCAGAAGGCUAAGGAAAUUCAGCAUGCCCAAAUGACCUAACAAUUUUUAUGGACAUACCACAGAAAUCAUCGUAUCCAAAUGCAUCACAGCUUGGUACAGCAAUUGAUCUGCCAGAGACCGCAAGUAAUUACAGGCAGCUGUGAACUUAGUCCAGUCCAUGAAAACCAGCUUUCCUUCCAAUGACUCAGUCUACACUUCCUACGACCUCAGGAAAGCAGUUAACAGAAUCAAACACCCCUCCUCCCCACUUUGGUUAUACUCUGUUCCAACCUUUUCCAUCAGGCAGAAGAUACCAAAGUUUGAAGAUAUGAACCAACAGAUUUAAGAACACCUUCCCUGCUGUUAUCAGAUUUAUGAACAGACCUUCACGUUAGAGUGAUCUUUCUCUGCAUCUUUUCUAUCGCUGUAAUGUUACAUUCUACAUUCUGAAUUUUUAACCCUUAUGUAUUUACGUAAAGUAUGAGAUGUCUGGUUAACACACAAAACAAUACUUUUCACUGUAUAUUAAUCAGUAGAUGUGACCAUAAUAAGUCAAAUACAAAUAUCAAUUUAAAUUCAAGUACAGUAAAU